GUGCGUAGGGAGAGAUGCUCUCGGAUCUGGCAGGCAGCAGGGCUCGAAGCCAGGCAAGCUUGAGCAGACUCCGCUGGUCAAUCGGGCGCCGCGCACCGCAGAGCAACAGAGCGACGAGGCGACGCGUCACUGCACUCCGCUGCUCGCACCACACGUGCUCUCUCUCUCUCUCUCUCUCUCUCUUUCUCUCACUCUCUCUCUCGCUCGCUCGUGCAUCGCUGCACCGCAUACCGCUGCUGCAGUGUAACUCCUCUGCUGCCGCUGCUGCUGCGCGCGCGCGCGCUUUUUCUUCAAACACCGAGAGACGGCGGCUUUCCGGCUCAACCGGCCGCGACGGAUAUCCACUGCUUCACGAUUCAGCGGUCACGCGUCGCGCCUCUUCUCCUGCGACUUCGCGCCUCAUCGCGGCCGCGGGGACUUCUGCGAGCUGACUUGUGUUGAGUGUUUUUUUUAUAACAGUGCGGCCAGUGCGAGAAAAUUGUAAGGACAGACGAGCCUCGCCGAAGCGGAGGCUGAGGGAACGACGUCCGGGAGGACAAGGACGAGGGACUUGGCUGGAUCUCCCUCGUCGCCGUCAAGCAGCGGUUAGUGCUUUCAGCUGGUGACAGGAUCCGGCCUGACCACGGCCAUUCUCGACACGCAUUGUGUUAGCGUGGCCGGCGGUGGCGGCGGCGGCGGAGUCGCCGGAGGUGAUUCGGGUCCUUCGGACUACCCGCCGAGCGCUGCUGCAGCGCGGAGCAGGGAGGCGGCGGCGGCGGCGCUGCACGCGGCAAGGACCCUGUUGGGCGCGGGGGUGGCUAACCCUUGCUCGCCCACCCCCGAGCCGCCCUUCUGGAAGAUGCCCCACAAAGAAGAAGACCUGAUGCACGGCGGGGGCCUUGGGGGUGGCUCGAUGGUGGGACAGAACUCGAUAUUCGGCUGUUCCGCUGCGGGUCACAGUGGCGUCAACCAGCUCGGCGGCGUCUACGUGAACGGCAGGCCACUGCCCGAUUCCACCAGGCAGAAGAUCGUCGAGCUUGCGCACAGCGGCGCUCGACCCUGCGACAUAUCGCGCAUACUCCAGGUCAGCAACGGCUGCGUCUCCAAGAUCCUCGGCAGGUACUACGAGACUGGCUCAAUAAAGCCUCGUGCAAUUGGCGGUAGCAAGCCACGCGUCGCCACGACUCCGGUUGUUAAUAAGAUAGCGGAUUACAAGCGCGAGUGCCCGUCGAUCUUCGCCUGGGAGAUUCGCGACCGGUUACUGCAGGAGGGCGUUUGCAAUAACGACAACAUACCCAGCGUCUCGUCGAUCAAUAGGGUGCUGCGCAACCUGGCCUCGCAGAAGGAGCAGCAAGCCGCGGCGGUCCAGGCCCACCAGGGCGCCGAGAGCGUCUACGACAAGCUGCGCAUGUUCAACGGCCAGGCCGCCGGCUGGCCGCACGCCUGGUACUCGGCUACGCCCUCGCACCACUCGCUGGCCACCGGCAUACCCGGUGCGGCGACUCCGGGCUCUGGACAGUCCCUGCUGCCGGGCACGCAGCUCCACGGACGCGACGACUCGCUCCUCAAGCGCACAGACACCGGAUCGCUCUUGUCGCACCAACAGGAGACAACGUCCGACGGAAACUCGGAGCACAAUUCAUCGGGCGACGAAGACUCGCAAGUUCGACUGAGGCUAAAACGGAAGCUCCAGCGCAAUCGAACCUCCUUCUCCAACGAGCAGAUCGACAGUCUCGAGAAAGAAUUCGAGCGGACGCAUUACCCAGACGUGUUUGCACGGGAACGCCUCGCCGAGAAGAUUGGAUUGCCUGAGGCACGUAUCCAGGUGUGGUUCAGCAAUCGCCGAGCCAAGUGGCGCCGGGAGGAGAAGCUGCGCAACCAAAGAAGAGCAGCCGUCGACCAGGUGGUGGGCGGCGCGAGCAACGGCAACGCUGGCGGUGGAAGCGGCAACGCGAACUCCGGGCCACCAGCCGCGACACCCGCCACCCCCAGGAUACCGCUCAACGCCGGCUUCAACGCCAUGUACUCCUCGAUACCGCAGCCCAUCGCUACUAUGCCCGACACUUACAGCUCGAUGACGAGCAGUCUGGGCGGCUCGAUGGGCGGCAGUUGUCUGCAGCAGCGGGCCGAUGGUUACCCUGCCUACGUGUUCCACGAGCCUCUGCACUCGCUCACGCAGUCAUACUCUCACGCGGCGCAUCAGUCGGCCGCGGCGCAUUCGCAGCCCCACCGCGGCAUCCCGGGCGGUUCCCACGGACCGGGUACCCCCACCACCGCUGGUGGUCAGCCCGCGGGGCCCGGCUCUGCGCCCUAUCAGCCGACUACCUCCUCUGCCACCGGCGUAAUAUCGGCAGGAGUGUCGGUCCCGGUCCAGAUCCCGUCGCAGACCCCGGACUUGGCGGGCAACUACUGGCCGCGGCUUCAGUGAUCCCAGCUAUUCGGGUUCUCGCCGGCGAGUCUACUCGUCGGCCAGGAGAGCCCGCCUCCGCCACCGCCGCCGCCACCACCGCCGGCCUCCUCGUCGCCGAGCAGUAGACUACUGGCGCCCAUUGGCAUCCAUCAGUCGUCGCCGGGCUCACACCCGGUCGCGAGCGGUGCCACGACUCCCGACAACGGCACACCGCUGCACAACAACUCCGACGCCAGUGAGUGAGCUCAGAAUGCAUCGGAUGUUUAAAAAGCGCGCGUUAUCAUUAUCAUUAUUAUCGUCAUACGUGUCUCGUGAAAGGUGCUUUCUAUUGAAUAUUAAUAUAUAUAUACGUCUGCGUCUGCGGUACGUGCGUAUACGCGUUGUUUUCUUCCGUUUCCGUAGGCACACGAGCGACGUUUCUUCUGAUUAGGAUUUUUCGCAGAGUGUGAUAGGGUUGUAGACAGGCGCGUAAAGUAUUAUUACAGUUUGUUCUCUCUUGUUUUUUUAAAGAAAAUCAUCGCAAUCAUGAAGUUUCGCUUCGCGCAGGUUUAGUUCCGAAUUUUGUUGAUAGUAUUGUCCAUAUUUUAUUUUAUUAUUCCUAUACAAUGUACGAUUAUCUCCUAUAAGUUCGUUUGUAAGCACUCUCUUAUGUACAAAAUUGAUCCUAUACUUUGUUAAACAUGACGAAUAAAAAAUACACGUUUUAUUUAAAACAA